AUGGCACAGGCCGACGACGGCCCUCAACGAGUCCAGUUUUCUAGCUGCGACGAGUGUCGGCGGUCGCGGGUCAGAUGCGAUGCUGGGAGGUUGCGACGAAACACGGACGCGGCGUCAACUCAGAAGUCCUGCACAAGAUGCCUCAAUCGACAGCGAGAAUGUACUUUCGAGUGGUUGAAGCGCAGGGCCAACCCUGGCACAAUACCAUCUCGAACGAAAGGCCGAGACCGGGCUGGCAACACGGAGAACGAUAUUCACGCCUCUGACCUUAGAGAGACCACCCUAGGCCGCUCUAUGUCGGAGUUGAGUGAGCCUCCUGGGGUGGACUGGACCUGGCCAGUGAGAGAUUCUAUGCAAUCUCAGGCAAGCCUCGCCCCGGACGAACUCGAUACCGUGACGGAUACAAGUUGGCUUCACGCAAUCUAUGAGAGUGUCUUCGAAACAGUUUUCGGCUCGUGGCUGGGCAAAUAUAGCAAUCCAUUCGCGUUCGGCGAGCACAGUCUCUCCGACAUGUGUGUGAGUGUACACCAACUAUGUCGUCGUCUUGAUAAAUGGAUGGAUGAAGAGUGGGAGAGCCCUGCAGCUAUGCUGGAUCUCGGUCGCUCCAUAGACAGCGCUCGGCGUGAACGAGAUCUCCAUAUCGAUCAGUGUCUGGACCACGCUAUUGAAGCCUUUGCAGCUCGCUGGCUGCCAUUGGUCUCGCAAUCUCAAGCACAACGACUUGUGCCAACCGAGGAAAUCAUCAGGUCUCUCUGGCGACGGGCCCAUAAAGACAUGCUCAGGGUCAUCAAUCGGCCGGCGUACCGAUCAAUGCUCACAUUACUCCUGUUUGCUCUGACACCCAUCCCGGCCGGCAUAUCGGAAGAGGAGGAGCUGGAUCGGGUGCCCGGUCAAGUUUGUGUUCAUGCCGCUCUUCAACAGAUUCAAGAACUCCGUGCCAAUCAAAGAAGCCUUCGCUUCAAUGGCAAUCGGAUUAACCUCGAUAUUCCCGCCCGUCCUCCAGGGACCAGUCCCCAUUCAAUGGCAACUGCAAACUUCAUCAAUGCUGAGAGCACUGCGUAUUGGGUCGCUCUCACCUUCGACACGUCGGCGUCCCUGACGUUGGGUUGCAAGCCUUUACUCUCGUCAGGUCUGUUUGGCUGCGAAUCUGAAACGUCCUGGCGUUUAGUCCGAGCCUGCCUAGAGAUAUUUCGAGAUAUGACAAAAAUAUGGCACGACUCAGACUUUGAGAUGACCGAUGAAAAGGCUAACCAAGUCAUCGCCUCUGGUGCUGCCUGGAAACUGUUGGUCUGGAAAUUGACAGCGAAUCUUAAGGAGUCUUUACGAGAUGGCCACGAUGAGGCAGAGGUGAGCAAGGCAUUCAGUCUCGUUUCAGAAGCCAUCGAUCAAUUCAACUUGACGUACCGUGGCCUUCUGGAGGCCUGUCAGAGACGAAUCCAGUUCUUCGGACAGGAGACGAAGCUUCGCUGGUAUGAAUUGAUGUUGCACUACAAUCUGUCCAUCCUGAUGCUAGUUGAUAUGAUUGCGGCAACCGACCGUCACGAUCUCCUGACCAGAUUUUCUGCCAAGCGAAUUGAUGCAGAGAGCGCGGUGUUGAACAGCCUAAUGUUUGGGUUGACCAAUAGGUACACGGUGCAGAUCCAAUCCGACGACGUCGCGGUCACCUCGAGACUUUCCAAUACACAAAUCCCGACAUUUACAGCGUCGCUUGUGGCCAUAGACCCCUAUGCGCAUCAUGCUGUUGCAGCGGUGAAGUUGAUGCAGAAAGCAAUAGACAGGGACUUUGCUUCUGGAAAGAUCAGUGCUGAUGCGUAUCGAAGCUUGCUCUCCACACUUACGCAGACACUUGAGCAGCUGCCCCAAGGUUCAAAAUCAGUCCAAAUUAUUCGAGCCGACCUUGCCAGAGUCGAAGUUGCCUCACAGCCAUUGUAUGCCCUUAACGGAACCUGA